GCAAGCGCAUCAAAGUUCAGUGACAUAGACAAAUAAUUUUUAAUGUGAUAGUGACUUUUUUUUUAAAAUGGCAACAUUAUUAUCGAGGGUAGGAUUUCGCGUUAUUAGCUUCAAUUUUGAGAAGACUGCUGCUGUAUUUACUAUAAAUACUUCAAGUUCUAAAAAGCAAAUACAUACGAAGAUGUCCUGCAACGGUACAGUUUGCUACUUACAACUCCAAGAAGCACGAGAGCUGGACAUCUCGGAGACAGUCCGCAGUCUGAGAAGGUACAGCAAGCAGCACGGACGACCAGAGGAGAACCGGAGGAAACUGGAUUAUGAUAGUGAUUCUGACUCGGACACUGAAUGCAAGGGAUUUGAAAGAUCUGAAUUCUGGCGACGGAAGAUGAGGACAGUCCACAACAUUCUGGACGUGGACAAGGAUGGAUUGAUCUCUUUCAACGACUUCCUGCUCUUUUCCGAUAGAUUCAAAUCGCUGGGUAACUUAGAUGAGGAACAGGCGAAGGAAUUCACUGCUAUCAUCAAGUUGACAUGGGAGGAGCAGUGGGGCGCCAUAGACCCGUACAACUUCGUGACAGUCGAGCAGUACUUGGAAGACAUGCACCAUGUUCUUAGCGACAAGACGCUUAAGCAUCGCGCGCAUCGGUGGCUGCCUUAUCUGUUCAAGGCAGUCGAUAAAGAUAGAUCCGGGUUCAUAUCAGUGAACGAAUUCAAGCUGUUCUUCAAGUGCCUGGGCUUGGACAAUGAGCACGCCGCCGUUGCCUUCGCCGUGAUCGACACCAACGGGGAUGGCAAGGUAUCUCUGAAGGAGUUUGUGAAUCUCGGCAAGGAGUUCUUCACAACAGAAGACCAGAGCCGAGUCUCCAAGAUGUUUUGGGGGCCGCUUAUUGACGUGUGACAUUCAUAAUGGUUUUUGACGAUGGAUUUGUAGAUAACAUUCUGUCAUUUUAACAUAAGAACUUUUACUGCGUGACCUGAAGAUGAAUAUUCAUUUAUUUUUUAUAAACCAAUCGCCCACUGCUGGGCAAAGGCCUCGUGAGGCACCCAAUGCGUGUCCACCUGUGCCCAUCGGUCUGUGUGCAUCCGACAUAAUAUAUGCCCAACCCAGUUCUACUUUAGCCUGGCGGUAUUUCUCCCACGCCAGAAAUGCCAGUUCUUAUGCGAUCGUUUCGCUUGACUCCCAGAAUACUCUCCAUAGCAAGCUGCAAACCUGGGGUUUGUUUCAAGCUUAUUAAACAAGAUGUCCCAAAUUUUCACUACACUAUUUGAGUUUGGACAAUAGUGACUUCAAAUAAUGGCAGACAGGAACUCAUUUUUAUAAUGUUAUGAAUAAAUAUUUUAAGUAUUAAUUUUAAUAAGUUCUGUUCAUUUAUGUUUAGACUUGUCGAACUUAUUCUAUUUUAUAAGAUUUAUCGUGACGUGUUUAUUUUAUAAUUUGUUACUAUAAUUAUGAUUCUCUUAUUUUCCCGAUAGAUAUUACAAAAAUUUAAAUAAACACUUUUUAAAGGAUUACAAUAAUAUUAUUAUUAUUAUUUUUGCCAACCCGACGUUUCGUGACCUUUCCAGAGCACGUUUGAGGGGGUCAUAAAAAUGUAACUUUUACACAAAUCUUCAGUAGAAACACAGUUACAAUUACACGCGUUUUAAUCCUGUAAACGUGUAACAAUCGCGUUAAUCAAAGUAAUUACUAUACAACAAGAUUUUUUUAAUUUUGAUGUAUCAAUAUUGUAUCGAUUUUAACUGAAGAGUCCUAACGCGUUGUUUCAAAUUAGUUCCCAUUUAUUUGUUAAGCGACAAAUGUCGGUCACCUAAACACGAACCAUGUUAACUCGCUUUUAUACAUGUUUUAAACUUACUUAUAAAAUACCGUACGGAAAAUUGUUCGCAUGUCGUGGCGGUAUAGUUUUGAUAUCAGAAACAUAUGGUACAAUAAAAUAUAACCAAGUAUUUUAAGUAAGAAUAAAAUUACUAAGUAUGAUAUGUAACAUGUAAGGAAUCUCAAUAAAAUAUUAAAAUUU